GAAUGCAAUGCCAAUCACCAAGAUGUUACUCGACAGACUCCUGAGUUAUUAGCGAAAAUUUUAUUAAUUGUUCAAUUCGUCGAGACUUCUGCUUGUCCACAUUAAGCAAGAACAAUUUCCAUUGCAAAAAAAAUCUGACUUCCAUUAUCUACACGCUCUUCGAAUCCAAAUGUCAUGGUAGAAGUAGAAUUGCCAAUCUAUGGAGAUAAUGUAGCAAUCUCAAAAUACAGUCCGUAAGUUGAUCUCGCAUCGGUGUUAAUUGAUAUUACCACAAGGACGGUGGUUGAGUGUGAAUUAAUACUUGUUGUGGAUGUUCUUGAUUUCGACCUUGAUGGAACUUGAUAAUUCUCACAUACUAAUCGCCUUCUACCAGUAUGAAGGGAUCUCCUGUGCCGCGUCGGUAUUAAAGAGAGCGAGCAUUUUCACGGAUUGGUAAUUGAACAUGCAGCAUCGGCACUGUGUAACAAAGGAAAGACAGCUGACUACCAUAUGAUCGCAACUGUUGCCAACUCAGUACCGCGAAAUCGAAAACUCACAUACUUUGUGUGCUGGUCGGGAUGAACUUCUCAAGGUUCUGUAUGUUUUGGCACCUUGAUUAUUACUUGGAAGUCGACGAAUUAGUGGAGCAUCAAAAAAGUUAAAACGCGGGGAGAGCCGAUGACGAAUUACCCAGUGAAUUAGUUAUAUUACUGAAGAAAGAGCCAAGAUAAGAAAACGAGUCCCGCAUCUCCUCAGUUGUUACGUCGGAAGUUCGGAAGGAAUCGAGAAUUCCCACCCUCCAUGCCCCACACGACACGCGUGUUAUUUUCGUGCCGAGCCGUAUCUGGGUUGGCAGCCCUGACCCGAGACCCAAGCUGUCAAUCCGCACUCCGGAGCUCAGUUGGCAACAGACCUUCGGUCUGAUCGUGAGGGUGCGCUAGGCUGUGUGCAAGUUUUGCGUUCCAGUUUCGCUUCGUCCGCUUCAACUCUCCUUAUACACGAAGCGAUCCUUAGCUGUCCGAAUAGUUAAGUGGUGCAUUUCGCAUAACACCCGCCCGACAUCAUUCCCUGACGACCGUGCGACCCCGUGGGGUAUAAAAUGGCGAACAUUUGACCACACGAGAUCAGCUCCAGGCUCGGGUGUUUCGUGCUGUCGUGAUCGGAACCUAUUUGGUGAAAUGCAUUGCCUCGGUGCAGUGUCGGGUGGUUCCACCAGCCCCCAGCGGGCUGGUAAUUGCGGUAGUGUGUUAGGGAUGGUCCGAGCCCUGGGUGUUCUUGUUAGCGAAGGAAGGGUCCAAGGUCCUCCAAGAGGGUACAUGGAGGGUCCACAUUGUGCCGCUCCAUUACAACCAGUAACCAACAAUCAUGUGUGCGAAAAGGAUAACUAUCUGUGUGAUCGGUACGUGAUACUGGUCCGUGAAAUCACGGACAGAGUCACCACCUAUUCAUACCUGUGUGUCGAGGUCUUGUUGUGCACCGAUUGUCCAUGCGGUUUGGCGAAAGCUACCUAUAAAGAUCCUGUCUUGCCAAUACCAUACAUAUCCAUGACUCCGUGGCAGCAGUCGUCAGAAAUGCUGCUUGAAUAUUGGUGUAUCAGCGUUGUGCCCAGCAAGGGGCCAGAAAUGAUGAACAAUCAGAGUUUGUACCAAGCGGUUAGAUCGCGUUUACACUUCAGCCAAGUUGCAGCAUGGUGGUCGCGCAGCAAAGGUGCAGCUCCGUCUUACAUUACAACCAGAAUAGUUUCAUUCAGCGAAGAUAACCUGAGGAAGUUUCGGGAAACUCCGUCGGAACACACCUUUCCGUUAGCUGCUUGCGGAGAUGGAAACUCUAUCAAGGUUACGGUCUGGGCACUGCCUCGCGUGGAAGAUGUUCCAGUUCUGACUUGCUCAAUCCAUCCUACAGCUGAAAAGGAGGAAGAAGGAACUGCCAGAGCAUUGACACCAACUAAAAAUAUUUCAGCACCAGUAACAACCUCCAAUCCUGAGGCUCUUGUUCUUCCAACUUUGGUAGAUGAUAGACUCCAGACUCCUUGCAACGAGCCAGGGAAACAUCACUGCCGCUGCGAGGAUGAAGAUGGCUCCCCGCCUUCGCCAUCUCUGAAAACUAACACUGAACGUAAACGGCGCAGAUCGCUACCACGUGGCCCUGAUUUCAUCUCAAAUGCGAGUGCUCACAACUCUGUAAAUUCUACCUCUGGUCUACCGUCAGUUUGCGAAUUAUUAACAGAAGAGCCUGAGAUCAGAAUCUAUAGCAAUAGCGGCUUGGAUGAUGUCGAUUUGAAUUACAACAAUACGCGAUAUUUAGAAAACCGAAGCUCUCGAACUGCAAACAACAAUGCAGAUUGUAGAAUUCAUCAGUCACGAAGUAUGGGUACUGCAUUUUCGAGUGACAAGCAAGUGAGCAAAGUGAGCAAUCACUUGGAUAAUCAGAUGCAGAGAAGCGGUUGUGACAAUCGAAUCGCGAUUUCAGGAGAAACUCUAACCUCGUGGCUGAGUAUCGAGGAACCGGAAAGCAAUGCUGAAAAACGUUAUAAAUGCAGCGUGGGACUACCUAUGGAUAUUGAUACUUGUAAAUCACCUUGUGAUAGUAAAAUUUUGAGUCUUCGACGCGAGAAAUCUCCAAAAUUUAAUAAAAAAGAUUACCUCAUUCGUUGGGGAAAAUGUGUUGAGAAUUUUGAGAGUGAACAAAUGUUGUUAAAAAAGAUCGAGAAUGAAAAAUCGCUAAAGUCAAGUUCGUCGUCAGUGACAGAUCAUCAUAACGCAAUGGGGAAUAUAAACUGGACAACGAGUACAAUCAGUGGAAAAGAAACAGAGUGUGGUCAGAAUCGGAAAGAAAUGUCACCACUAGAUGCCCUUGAUACACUGCCAAUUAUUCAUAGCAAAGCUAACUUUGUCGUCAAUCCUUUUAGUCAGAGUAGCCCCUUUCACAAAUCAAAUCCUGGACCUUCAUCGUAUAGUCAUGACAAUCAAUCGAAAUUAGGAACACCUUUUACGACGUAUUCGUCGGAUCAGGCCUUCCUUAGUCAAUUGGCUGGAGAUAAAGAAUUAAUGGAUGGGUCUCUGGUCUGUAAUGUGCGUAGUGAGAAUCCGCAGAAAGGUACGAUCGAUCAACAAGCAUCUGUAUCUAAUAACGACUUGGUGCAGUUGAUGUCAAAUCUUAAAUGUUCGGAAGAAAUGGAGAAGAUGAAAGACAGCAGUGGAAUCUUCGAUUGGAUAAGUAAAGUACCAAGCCGGGUAUUGAAUGUGGCAACUAACAAUGGACUUACAAAUUACAAGUCUAAAAUAAACGAGGUUCCAACAGAGGAAUAUAAGAACACAAAUCAAGUCAAGUCAAAGUUAAAUUCUAAUCUGGAGCUUAGUCAAUGGGAAUUUGACGAAGUGUUAGCUGUACUGCGUGCGCGAACUCCAGCAGGGCGGCGACGUACUCCAGUACGUACGAUAAAAAGGCGCGACAAGGUUGAAAACCAAUCAGACGAUGCCAUUUUUGAACAACAAUCUUAUCUCGAGAAGACACAAGCAGAUAUAAAUUUGCUUCGGUAUCCAAUAUACAACAACGUUUGCAGGGCUGUAGCGGCAGACGAAUUAAGAAACUUCAAACCUCAUAUUGUUGGUACUAAUCGAAGUGCUGCUGUUCACCAGGAAAAACGUGCGAACGUGAAAAAAAUCUUUCACCCCCGCGAAUUAGUGCAGCCUGAAUGUGUAAGACGCUCGUCCCAAAUCUACGAUGAAAAACUCAAGAGUGAAGUUACUGACGAAAGGAAACAUUACCACGGAAAGCACGAAAAAGUGGAUGCUAAGCCUGUCGAAUGUUUUUAUAACGUGACCAACAAAGCAGACGUUUUAUUAGGAGCCAUAUUAAGGACUAGCAAUGAUUCACGGAAAGUUAUUUCCGAUAUAUCAAACGGAGCUCGGCCAAGAACCGUUUUCUCCGCUCAAAACUGUGAUAGUAGAAGUGAUGUUCACAUAGCAAAUGAUAAAAUACAGAAAGAUAUUGAUGUGAAAUCAUACAAAGACGAGGGGUCGCUUCCUUUGUUGUUAAACAAACGAAUAAGCCUAUUCAAGCAGCUAUUUUCAAAGGAACAGACCAAACAGAAUUCGGAAACGUUGUCAUCGCAAAGUUAUUACGACAACUACGCCAUAAGUUCUGACCAGUCUCUAAAUAACCCCCAGUUUCACCCCCUGCGUGAAUUCAACCUACAGCCGAAAAAAUCCAAAGGAAAUAAAGUCAAGAGGAGGAUUGAUUUCUCAAAUCCAUCCGAAUUUGCCCAUGGGUCUGAUAAACAGAACGAAUCUCUUGAAGUUGGUAAUACUGCGUGUCUUAGUACAAAUAGCUUAUAUCAAAACCCUCCCUGUCCUGGGACAAAUACCGAAUUGCAAAAUAAUUUUCCUGACCUAACAAAGAAGCAGAGUUUGACUUUACUCGAAGAAGAAAAAACGGGAGGUAGAGAUGGGUAUAUUUCUCACAAUCCAAUUAAACAUAGUACAAAUCUGAGGUUGCAAAUCGGAUGUGAAGGAAUACCGUUUCGCAUGCAAAACAAUUCUCUUGGCCACGCAGGAACCGACAAAAAAUGCAGUUCAGAUACAGUUCGAAAUGAUUAUUUUCAAAAACACAUCUCUCCAGAACAGAUGAACUGUUAUGCAAUCGCGAUGCAGCAGCAUCAGAGCCACGCAGAUAUGGAAAAUACUGAUACUUCAGACAAAGGUGUACCUUCAGCCAUUGAACAAGAACGAUUUAGACGAUCUCUUGGGAAUGCUGCUUCCAUGGUUUUUCACAGUCGAACCGGAUUGCCCCUGACUUCCAGCCCGGCACCUCUACGGAGAGGAAGCUGCUGCUUUGACUAUGACAGUAGCCUGAACUCUGUCUCGUCAAAACGAAGCGCGCUAUUUGAGUUGAACACUCCACCAAGUCCAGGAGCGGUGUCUCUGGAAGAAGGAGAUAGAGAGGCUGAAAACACUCUUGAAGGUGAAGAGAUAUCAAAACGCCGCACAACGACUCGAGGAUUACCGCACAGUCACGCGCUUCUCGGUAGUUUUGAAGAGUCUGCCUUGAACGGGAGAUUAGAGCCAGUUUCCACGGUCCAUGGAUUCACCGCCGAGCUCGGUGCUAGCGGCUCUUUUUGCCCGAAGCACCGAAAGCUUCCCGUUACUGUUUUCUUCUACACUCUUGGAGACAAUGACAAAGUUUCAACGCCAUAUCUUGCUCACAUUAAUCUCGGGAAGAAGGGAUAUCAAGUGCCACGCAGCGGGACAAUUCAAGUAACUCUUUUGAAUCCUUUGGGAACGGUUGUGAAAAUGUUUGUUGUUAUGUACGACUUGUCCGACAUGCCUUCACGAUCUCAUACCUUUCUUCGCCAGCGAACAUUAAGAGACAAAACGCUCCGUUACCUUAUACACCUCAGGUUCAUGUCGGGUAAGUCAGGACGGAUUUAUUUACAUACGGACAUCCGUAUGAUAAUUUGUCGCAAAUCUGACGUCGAUACCGCAUCUGAUUUCGGUGCUGAGCCACCUAAAGAACUGAGAAGCUUUGUACACGGACCAACAAAUCCAAAAUUUUCACCAAGAUGCUGAACCAUAUGGAUUGGAUGAAGAUGUUGCCAGCUUGUUAGUUACUAUUUGCCGUCAGCCGUUCAGUCUUGUAAGGCACGAGGUUGGAAAAAUUGAGUAAAUUAGUCUAAAGUUUCAACCAGGUCGAACUUGAUUUUAUUAAUUAAGCAAACCAUCGCUGAAUACGUGUAACGAUCGCGUCCGUCUCUCAAAAAAGCGAUGUUUGAAUAUUGAACAUCAGAAGCUGGUGACUAAUGAAAGAAGCCUCUCUGAAUGAGAGAAAUUACAUUUAAAACGAUUCUCAAGCUGUCGAGUUAUGAUAUAUGACAAAAUAAAUAAAAAAUUAGUAUGUGAUCCAUUACAAACGAUCUCAACCAACGCAAUAUGGCAAUUUCCUGAAAAUUCUUAGCAGGUCCUAGAUACACGGUAUCGGACUGGCGCCUUUGGUUGUACGGCAGGUAAUCAACAGUAAAUUCUCACUUCGGCACAUAAAUUUUCACAGACUCGAGAAGAAAGGAUCUGUGUGAAAGUAAGAAGUUCGAUAUACUUUUUUCCAUUAUUAUUAAUUGUUUUUAUGGCAGGUAGUAAGAAAACAAGGUUGUGCGUCUGUAUCAAUAACACUUACCGCGUGUAUCCAAUAUGCAAGAUCGAUCGAUUCCGUGAGAAAUGUGAAGCUUUUUAAUAUUCAUGCCAGUAAUUUGGCGUCGAAUUAAUGAAAGAAUAUACAUAUAUCGACUCUAAGCUAACAUGAAGCGCAAGGAGCUAAAAUUUGCUUGAAAUAUGUCCGAAUCCGUGGCUUCGACAUUUUUAAUUCAAAUUGCCCACGUUCUCUAGUAAAGAGGUUUACCAACAGCCAUUAUCAAUUCGUGCCCCAUUGCUGUUUGCAUAUACAUCACCUCUGAAUUGAUUUCUAUACAUUCAUAUCGCAAGUGUAGUCUGCUACAGCUUGUUUAACCGGUAUAGCAAACGACACUAGUAUCCUUGAAUGUAUCAGAAUCAAUUUAAGGGACUGUUCAUAGACAUGCAAAAUGAGGCUUCGUUAUAAAAAUCAAUUUGUGUGAAUACUUUGUUGUAAAUACAUAUACCUAAACUCGUGUAAAGUAAUGAAAGUUGGAAGUGGGACGCAACUGUUGUAACCAGCGCCAUCCUUUCCCAUAAAUAAAAGAAGUGAUAUAAAUAUAGUUGAUGCGACACGGAAGGAGAACCUUUUAUCGAUACGCUAUGAGUACAAAUAAAAUGUACCCUGAAUUUAUAUGCACCUUUUUUUCUCAUCUAAAUAAUAUUACACACCCUAUUCAAUUUGCUCAAUUUAUGAUUUGACUUUCCCUCAAAGCCCACCUAUACUGUAAUAUAAUAAUACUGGUUCUUGCAUAACACCUUUUAGAAUUGAUCGUAAUGUUCUUAUCGACAAUUGGUUCUCCUACAACUCCCUGCCUGUUAUGAUAUACAUGUAGUAUAUCAUAAUAUAUUAUACAUAGUGAACAUAUAUAUAUAUAUAUAAAUAAUAUACUUACCUAUAAAUUAACAUUACACAAUUUUGUGUCUUUAGCACUGUGAUGAAUAUAUUGUAGAGUAUAUAUGAUAAAUAAAUAUUUGCAUAGGAGUUUCUAGAUUAAUAUUACUAAUAUUUUGAAUAAACAUGCAUAUAUCUUCACACCCGCAUACAAAGUCAUAUUAUAUGUACAGCAUAAUGACACAGACACACACACACACACAUAUGAUAUGAUACAUAUAUAUCUAUUAACGCAAUUGAUUUUUGGGUAAGCAUAAUACAACAAUAUAACUAAUCUGCAUUGACGAAUUGGAUAAUCACAAGAGUGCUGCUGGUGUUCUCAUAGUUUACUAAUAUCUUAGUUACAUCUUUAUUCUCACAAGGCUUGUAUUAGUGUAUUUUGCAAAUAUUACCUACAGUUUGCAUAGAAGGGAAUACUGUAUUAGCAAAAAUAAACACCCUAUGUGUUAUUGAUUUAGUUAAAAAUCACACUUGUGGAAAUGUGUAUAAAUCAAUUUUUUAAAUUUGAAAGUUGACUCGCAUAUUUCCGAAUUUACCUAUAAAAUUCAUUUUCACCAAUAUUUCGUUACUUCCAAACAAUUAUAUUUACUCGGAGACGCAGCUGACAGUUUGGCGUAGAUAGAUGAGUAAUGGUGGGUGGUGUGAUAAGUCAGUGUACCAACUUGUUUCCAAAUGAGACGAUAUAUUAAUUCAAUGCGUUAGUUGAGUUUGGAACCCUGUACAGCAGCAAAUUGACAUUCAAUGCAUCAACAUUGUGGUGUGAAGAAUCGACGAAUAAACUAUCAAUAUAAUAUUUAAGAAAAAUAACGAAACUGAAAAAUGAGCUAUUUCGAUUAACUACUGUGAUUAAACCUGAGAAAAUAUUUAGAAUUUUUCGAUCCUCUUAGUUCACAGGGCAAUAAUCAUUCGGUUUAUUCUUCGACGUUGUAUUAAAUAUAAAUUGUGAUCUUGAACAGUGCUAUAAUAAUUCUAUAAUUAAGAAAUCCCUCUAAUGACUAUACGUAGAAUAUACAAUCACUGCCGUAUACAUAUAAAUAGUAUAGCUAUAUAAAUAUGAACAUCAAUCGUGUAUACAGGAUGGUGCUAAAUUCGAUGUAACGCUUGGCAUGUUUAACUAUUAGUCUGAUCGAUUUCUGCUGAAAUAUGUCCGGGACUGUUUUCCCCCGUGAGAAACGUGAAAUAGUGUUCAGUGAGCCUUUCAUUUUACGUUUAAUACCAGAUUUUGCCAUACGAUUUACGUGACAGUGAUUACUCUAAUUUACAAUCAGUGGCAGUUCUGUUGAAAUGAAAUAUCAUGGAUCUCAACACGCGAUCAUAUUAAAUAAGUAUUAAUUUUCUUAUUUUGCAUUCUUAAUUUUCCAUUUGAUUUGUUGCCAAUUAUUGUUCUUAGCCGUAUUAGACUUGGUUUUUAACCCUGCAUAGGCUGUUCAAAUAAAUUGACAUUUUUUUAACAAGCCUACGUAUACAAAAUUAAACGGAAGUGAACGAUUAUUAAAUAGAGAUUCUUUUUCAUUAAUAUUCUCCAAUUGUUUGCAAUUAUAGAAUCUGUUUUAAAUAAGUCGCGGCACGUUUGGCGUAAACUUGGAUAGAAUUAAACUAAUAUCGUAGUCGUGAAUCUCCUCGUUUUUUAACUUCACCUCGAAGUUGUUAUUUUCAUGUAAAUCAUUGUGACUUCUGCUUAUUAAUCAUUUCCAAUUUCAAACGUAUUCUACUAGUCGGAUUUAAUUACUUUUUGAUCAGGCUCUAACCGUAAAACAAAUAAUAUUAUUACAGCACUAAGUAAUCGGAAUAUAAAAAGUAUCAAUGUACAAAAAUGUACAUUAAAACGCCUUGUUUCCUCCUAAGUAAAACUACAUCUUUGUGAGGCAUUCAGUAAAAUUGAAUGUCAUUCACAUUAAAUUCAUUUCUUCAUUGACCAAACUAAUAAUUCGUAGUGCUAUGAUGUGAAAAUUCGUUUUGCGAUAAGUUUGGUGGAAAACGUUUCACUUAAACAUAAGAAAUUCAACAUUUUGGUGAAAGAAACACAUUUUGAUGAAUAAAUUGAAAUCAUGUGAGCGUGGACAUCAACUUCAAUAUUUAUAUCUGCUGCUCAUAGCUGUAUUGCUUAUAAUAUGAUAUUUGCUCGAGACUUUUUGCUUCUUUUUUUUACAUAGACAUAACGUAUAGGCUCAGGGUUGGGGUGAGACAAUGCAUUGGAACAACAAAUUUCCUUUCACCCAUGACUUACAAUUAAUCUAAUUGUUGUCAUUGCUUAUUUGUGAUCUACGCAAAUUUCUUAUUUUCUUAUAUCUAGUGUAUAGAGCACACACUUUAAGGCCGGGCAUGUAAAUAGAUAAAAACUUAUUUUGUAAUGAAUUAUUGACUACACUGUCAAAUAUUUUCCCAAUUCAAUAACUGUAAUUUGGAAACCAUGUGUUAUAAUACGGACGAAUCAGGACGAUAAUAAUAAUAUUAAUAAUAAAUAUAUUGAAAAAAAAAUGAAAAAUGUUGUAUUGAUAUAGCAAGGAUCUUUUGAAACGAGUCUCUCAGACUCAUAGUGCAGUCUUAAAAAGGGAAAUCGCCUCAACUUGUUCGAUUGGAUUACUUAAAGGGAUUCUUAGAUUUAAGUAUGAGUACUUGAUUUUCGUAACAAACCAGUCUCCUUUACCACCCGCUGUAGUGACACUCGUUUUAACUGCAUUCAAUUCGACUUAUAUUUAAAAACAUCUCGUAAAAAAUUUGGAAUAUUUGAAGAAUCUGCCAAACUGGGGGACAGUUGGAAUUGGUUGAUGGAACGUUUCAGGAUGAAUUCAAAGCUAUUUGAAUCAAUACUCACAAAUGAGGGAUCAAUACAGAUUUCUAUAAUAAUACAUCUUUAAUACAUCAACAAUUUUCAUCCAUAGUUAUUUCUGAACAAAUUAUUUGCAUUCGUUUACACGUUAUCAGGCCAUUAUAACUAAGCGACUAAAAAUAAAACAUUUUACAUUUCAUCAUAUACACGUUGCAUACUGGUAUGCAUGUAUGCAUAUAUUUACAAAAAUGCCUUGCAUAAUCUUCACCUUACACCUUUCGGACACUAGAUGAUAUUAUAAAUAUAAAAUGAACUAAUCUUUGUCGCAAUUAUAUUACACAAUGCUAAGUACAUCACUCGAUGCAUAUUAUUUGCAAUAUUCGUCUGAUUGGGCGUGCAGAAAAUUUGUUCAUUACGUUCAGAUUGUUAUUAGUAUUAUAUUCGCUACCUCAAAUUACAUGUUCUCUAAAUAGUGGUGUCAUAAAAUGAAUCAUUUCUGCAAAACUAUACAUUUACAUUGUAUAAUCAUCAUGUUUGUCAUCUCUUUUACCAGGGCAGCGUUAUUUACAGUUUAUAAUCAUUUUAUCGCAUGAAUAGUAAUAGUUGAUUAUGCUAUGUACAAAACUGUACAAGUUUCACU